AUGCUGGGAACCCUAACCCUAACUCCUAAAUCAGCGAUCGCCUUCCAAUCCAGUCGCUGCAGCCGUAGGAUCGUCUGUGAAGCCGUAUCGGAUUUCGCCCCGCCCGCGCUGGAUCGGAGGAGCCUCUACGAGGUCCUCCGCGUCAAACGCGACGCCUCGCAGACGGAGAUCAAGACGGCGUAUCGUACGCUCGCGAAGCUGUACCAUCCCGACGCCAGGUCGCGAUUCAUGGACUCGCCGGUCGCGUCGUCGGCGGAUGGUCGAGAUUUCAUCGAGAUCCACAACGCGUACGCCACUUUGUCAGAUCCAAAAGCGAGGGCCAUGUACGAUUGUAAUUUGAAUGUCGAUUCGCCGCGGCGGUGGGGCACCGGAUUCCACGGUUCCGGUCGGAGGAGAUUCCACCCCACGCGCCGGUGGGAGACGGAUCAGUGCUGGUAA